UGUACAGUACCUGGAUCACUUGUAUACAGUAUCUUUUUAUAUCAUUUUACUGUCACAUCAUUUCAAACGAUUUGAGUGAAAACAUUGAAGACCGUGUGAAGUGGUGUGAAGUGAUGAGCAAUAGAUGUCUUUGAGAGCGGAAGUGCUAUCGUUUUAUAAGCGAGUGAUUCGGUUGUCACAGGAAUGGCAGGCAUUGAAUCCAUUGAAUACCUCAAAGGAAAGGCUUUAUAUGACGAGUGAAUGCAAACGACUGAUCCGUGAGAACAGACACCUCACUGAUGACCAUCACAUCCGAGCGCUCCUACAGGAAGGCAUGGGUCGGCUACAAGUCGCCCAACACUACCGCAUCCCUUACCCCCGACCCGUCUAUUACCCGACCGGCGCUUAUCUCCGAAAACACAACAUUGGAUACCUUAACUUCUUGAACAGAGAGACUCGUCUCGAGGGCCACAAUCAUAAGAAGGCUUUCAUUAGGAUUCUGAGUGGUGUGGAAAUUACCGUUCUCUCUUAUGGAUGGAUCAGAUCAAGGAUCGCGAAGGGAACCAAUUGUGAAGGGGAUCAACUAAUAGUCGCGGCAGAUAUUCGUGUUUAUGUCUAUAACACCAAUGAUGGCACUCUUAUUCAGGCCUUAAAGGGACACAAAGACAAUGUGUUGUGUGUCGCCUAUUCAAUGGAUGGCAAGAGAUUUGCUUCGGGAUCAGCCGACAAACAGGUCAUCAUUUGGACCUCAAAAAUGGAAGGAAUACUGAAAUAUUCACAUAACGAUGCCAUUCGUUGCAUUCAAUACAACCCACUGUCACACCAAUUGGUGAGCUGUACGGCCAACGACUUUGGCCUUUGGUCUCCGGAACAGAAGGCUGUGACAAAACAGAAGAUAAACAGUCAAGUGAACAGCUGUUCGUGGAGUAGUGACGGACACUAUCUCGCACUCGCACUCUCUUCUGGACACAUCUCUAUCAGGAACAGAAAUGGAGAAGAAAAGACCAGAAUCGAGAGAAUGGGCGGUCCUUUGGCCCCCAUAUGGGGCGUCUCUUUCUGUCCUCUUAAGGAAGAAGAUUCCGAUACAAUAGUUUCAGUCGAUUGGACGCAAUCACUCAGUUUUUAUGAUCUCAACGGCAAAGCGGAUACGGUGGCAAAAGAGCGUAAUAUUGGUUUUGAUCCUUUAAAUGUAUCACAUUUUUGGAGCGGAGAUUAUCUACUGGUCAACGGAUCUAAUAAGAAGGCACUUCUCUAUACAAAAGAAGGCAUUUUUAUUGGUUGUGUUGCAGAACAGUCUUCAUGGAUUUGGUCCGCAAAAUCAAGUCCUGAUGGCAAUCGAAUAGCAGUUGGUAGUCAAGAUGGGACGGUAGCUAUUUAUGAGCUAACAUUUUCAACCGUUCAUUCUCUCUAUAAAGAGAGAUAUGCUUUCAGGGAGAAUAUGUCUGAUGUUAUUAUACAACAUCUGAUUACCGAAGAAAAAGUUCGCAUCAAAUGCAGGGAUUUAGUGAAAAAAUUGGCCAUUUAUAAGAACAGACUGGCUAUACAAUUGCCUGAAAGAGUAAUCAUAUAUGAAUUGACAAAAGAAUCGGAUAAUACAGAUAUGCAUUACAAAGUGAAAGAGAAAAUUAACCACAAACUCGAGUGCACUCUAAUAGUGGUUUGUUCUGAGAAUCUUGUCUUAUGUCAAGAGAAGAGACUUCAAUGUCUUUCAUUCAAUGGAACGAUGGAAAGGGAAUGGGCUUUGGAUUCCUCUAUCCGUUAUAUCAGAGCAACAGGAGGUCCACCUGAAAGAGAGGGUCUACUCGUCGGUCUCAAAAACGGACAAAUCGUACAAAUAUUUAUUAACAAUCCGUUUCCAAUAAAUAUCAUUAAGAUUGCAAAUCCUAUUCGAUGUCUGGAUAUAAGUAUACUCCGGAGAAAAUUAGCGGUCGUUGACGACAAAGGCAUGUGUUCUGAGCCAAAUGCCAAUUCAGUUUCAUGGAACACACACUUCGAUGAUAUGCUUAGUUAUUCAGGUGCCGGCACUCUCAGUAUUAAAGCCGGAGAUUUCCCCGCUCAUCACCAAAGUCUCCAGGGUUUUGUGGUUGGAUUCUGUGGGGCUAAAGUGUUUUGUUUGCAAUACAAUUCUGUAACAACUGUUGAAGUCUCUCAAUCGGCGCCAAUGUAUGGUUACAUUGAGAAGAAUAUAGAAGCCUAUAAGACUGCAUGUCUCAAAGUGACUGAGUCGGACUGGCAGAUACUGGCUAACAGUGCUCUCGAUAAUAUGAAUCUAGAAAUAGCUAGAAAAGCAUUGAUUAGAACAAAGAAUUGGCUCUUUUUAGAGCUGAUCCAGACCUACAUCCGGUCGACAACAACUCAAAGCAAAUCAACUGAGUUGUCACUAAUGGGUGAUGUGAUGGCCUACAGGGGCUACUUUGCAGAAGCGGCCAAACUAUACAAGCAGUCAAGAGAUGAGAACAAAGCGGUGACAAUGUAUAGUGAUUUGCAAAUGUAUGAGUCGGCUCAGGAGAUGAUGAGUGCCGGUGCCGGUGUCGGUGCCGACUCACACAACAGUCGCCAACUAAACAAGAAGAGAACCGAUUGGAUACACAAUUCUAACGAACCGAAGGCUGCGGUUGAGAUGUAUUUGACUUCUGGCGAUACGGUUAAGGCGAUUGAGAUCAUUGGCCAAAACGGAUGGAUUGAUAUGCUUAUGACAGUAGUUCGUCAGUUGGAUAGGGCUGACCGAAAAGCCCUGACCCUAUGCGCCGACAUUCUAAUUAAGAGCAAACAGUACUCGAAUGCCGUUGAGGUCUAUAAAAAAAUAGGUGACGUUCAGAACCUGGCUAUGAUUUAUAUCAAGUCGAGUCAAUGGCAAGAGGCAUUCAGACUCGCAGAUGACUACCCGCACCUCAAACAGGACGUGUAUGUGCCCUAUGCUCUAUGGUUGGCUGAAAACGAUCGUUUUGUCGAAGCACAACAAGCCUUUCAUACGGCAGGGAAAGUGACUGAAGCCUCGCGCGUAUUACAACAGCUAAUGAAUAAUGCAAUUAAUGAGAAUCGCUUUAAUGAUGUCUCCUAUUACUGCUGGAUAUUAGCCAACCAGUGCCUAGACCUGGCCAAACAAUCACUACAACAGCCCCAACAUGAACAACAGGCACAACAUCUCAUCGACAGAUACCACGAAUUAUCAAACAAAGCAGACAUUUAUUACGCCUAUCAUAACAUUUACAGAUAUAUUUGGAUUUCGUGGCACUGCGUGAGACGCCAGUGUCUGAAUCGAAAUAUGCUAUUAAGGGGCGCCUCAAACACCCGUCCACUCCAAAUACAGCUGACUCUUUGCGCCACAAAGUCUAGGGAGGAGCCGUUCACAGCUUUCUUUCCCGACGCUCUCUUCAAUAUGGCUCGAUAUCUGUUCCACUCAACUAUCACUACAUCACCAGAAGGUGUCUCUAAAGGAAGAAAUUUGGGUGCUUUCAAACUCGUGCGACACGUGUACGAGAAGCUUCACAAAAUGCAUGUCCCCAACAGAUUUCAAGAUGCCAUCGAUAUGGGAGACCUCACUAUUAGAGCCAAACCAUUCAGCGAUUCUGAGUAUAUGGACUUACUCUCUUUGUGCUACCGAUGCUCAACAACUAAUCCUUUAUACAAUAUUAAUGGAAAUCAAUGCCUAAACUGCAAUCAGCCAUUCGUAUAUUCUUUUGCAACGUUUGAUAUAUUGCCUUUAAUUGAAUUCGAGAUCGAAGAGGGAAUAUCUGAUGUCAUGAGUAUGAGUGGUUCCGAGUGGCAGGAAGAGAAGGCAGACAAUUAUCAAUCAUUAAAGUUGGGCGAAGAUUAUAUGAACACUGAAUACAACAAUGACUACACUAAUGACAAUUCUGGCGAUCCUUCUGGUGAUCCGUUUUCGGCCACUUUGGCCUCAUAUCAAGAAUCGGACCAAAAGUAUAGACCCGUCCGCGUGAGUCGCAAAGCACUGGAACGCAUGAAACCAUCGGAAAUAAUAGUCGUUAACUUUGGUCCGCCGCUCACCACUAAAUACUACCGAAACUUGAUGCCAGAUAUUCCCAUAACAGUCAAAAAGGUAAGGCUGCUUAAGCUCUACGUCCUCUGCCCAGCCACGGGAAUGACAGCCAGAGUUGUAGUUGCGGUUGUGAUUCACAUUGACAUACCUGAGCUGCACUCACGCAUAGUGCCGUCUAUCCGACAGACAAUGAUGACCCACCCCUUCAUACAGGAAGCGCUUGUUUGUUCACCACAUCAACUGGAACUGAUAGAAAUGGUCUAA